GCACCACCAUGAUGGACUCAACCGACCUUGAUGAGAGGCCGCUGAAAAAGCGCCGCUUCUUUGCUGAAGACUCGUCGCCCAUCGCCGUCCGCUCACAUCACCACAGCUCUCCGCGAGCCCGCACGCCAGAGUUCGCGUCGCCGCUGCCAGCCCCACAUGGCGAUGCUGCCAGCCUGAUGGAAAACACGUCUAGUGGCGAAGAGGGUCGCGUUGGAGCAAACAUUGAUGGCUUCGAUGUCGGCCUACUCCAGGCAGUCGUGGGGGAGGUACCCCCGUCCGUCUUGGAGACGCUGAAGAGCAUGAGUGGGAACGAUGUGCAGCGAGCAAUAAACAUCUACCUCGAUGGCUCGUGGAAUACAGUCCCUGCCCAAGCUCCCUCUGUCAUCCCUCCGUCUCGUCAGUCUUCGCUGCAAAUGACACUGGGCAAUGGCCCCGGUAGACAGCCCUCCGAGCUAUCCAACCCCCCCACCCCUGAUUCUUCUGGUGCUUCAACCCCUCUCCUUCCUUCCCUCAAGGCAAUGCCCCAAAUGCGAUAUAUUGGCUCGUUCGGCGUGGUCGGAUGGGCAACAAAAAGUGGAAGGGGCUUGAUUAGACACGACGAAAAAAUCGCUAUUGAACGCACAAAGGUACAUGCCCCGGCUGGCAAAGUUGGAAAAGGCGGUCGUAUACGAGCGGUGCAGCUCAAAAAACAAGACAUCAUCGUGAGGUUUACCAACGACAGAGGCGAAGAGGUGGGAAGAUUAGAGAACGACUCGGCCGUUUGGAUCUCGUCAUUGAUUGAUCAGAAGGUGUGCUCGUUCGAAGGAACGUGUGUGUAUGCUCCAGAGAGGCUGCGGACCAGUGAGACAAUCUAUCUGCAGCUCCGCUGUCACUUGCUCCGGAGUGCCUUCGACAAGCGAAAGAAUUUCAAGAUGGAUAGCAACCGCGAGACCUCGUUCUUCGAGUCAAAAGAAAGCGAGGCCGAGCGAGAUCUGCGGCAGCGCCAGGUUGCGCUGGUGAAGCUCUUCGAGGCCAUCAGUCUGCAGCCCUCCCGCGUCAACACAACGACCGAGAAGCAUAAGCGUCAAGGGCUGCUUCAAGCAGCCGAAAUUGCCGAGCAGUACGACCAAAAACCCAUGUCAAAGAAUGCAGAAACUACGGAGCCUAGCUCCUCGCCACCCUCUGAAGAGGCGGAGGAAGGGCAAGAGCUUGAACAGGACCAGUUGGAUUCCCUGUACAAGAAAGCUCAGUCUUUCGACUUCAAUACCCCCGAAAUGGAUCCUGCCGAAACAUUUGUAUUGGACUUGCGGAAGUACCAGAAACAGGCCCUCCACUGGAUGGUCGGAAAAGAAAAAGACGAGGUGCUGCAGCAUAAGGAAGCCUCCAUGCAUCCGUUGUGGGAAGAGUAUGAAUGGCCGUCGCAGGAUGCUGACAAUAUGCCUGUUCCUAUUGUUGACAACCAGGCGAUGUUCUACGUCAACCCGUAUUCGGGAGAACUCUCCCUGGACUUUCCGAAACAAGAGCAGAAUUGUCUCGGUGGUAUUCUCGCUGAUGAAAUGGGCUUGGGCAAAACUAUUGAAAUGCUCAGUCUUAUUCAUACGCACAGGACAGAGCUUACAGACCAUGACUCGGGCUUCCUGAACGGUCUUCCCAGGCUUCCGAAAAACAGUAGCGAGGUCGAAUGUGCCCCAUAUACCACUUUAGUGGUGGCGCCUAUGUCUCUCCUCGCCCAGUGGCAAAGUGAAGCCGAAAAGGCUUCUAAGGCCGGCACUCUGAAGGUUAUGGUCUACUAUGGCUCGGAGAAGUCCGCAAAUUUGCAGAAGCUGUGCUGUGAAGCCAAUGCGGCCAACGCACCCAAUGUCAUCAUCACCAGCUAUGGAGUGAUCCUGUCAGAGUUCAACCAGGUUGCUGCGAUGGAGGGCAAUCGAGGCUCGCAUGGAGGGCUCUUCUCUCUGGACUACUUCAGAAUCAUCCUGGAUGAAGCCCACUUCAUUAAGAACAGACAGUCGAAGACAGCAAAGGCUUGCUACGAGCUCAGCGCAAAACACCGCUGGGUACUGACGGGCACGCCUAUCGUUAACAGACUUGAGGAUCUGUUUAGCCUGGUGCGCUUCCUUAAGGUCGAACCUUGGAGUAACUUCUCAUUCUGGAAGACUUUCAUCACUGUGCCUUUUGAGUCAAAAGACUUCAUUCGAGCCCUUGAUGUUGUCCAGACUGUACUCGAGCCCCUCGUCCUCCGCCGAACGAAGGAUAUGAAGACGCCCGAUGGCGAAGCUUUAGUACCCCUUCCUCCCCGCACAAUCGUAAUUGACAAGAUUCAACUUUCUCAGGAUGAGAGGGAUGUGUACGAUCAUAUCUUUCUGCGAGCAAAGCGCGUGCUCAAUGCUAACGCUGAGGCGGGAACGCUUUUGAAAUCCUACACUACCAUCUUUGCUCAGAUUCUCCGUCUUCGGCAGUCCUGCUGCCAUCCUAUACUGACCCGGAAGCAGGUCAUCGUCGCUGACGAAGAAGAUGCGGCACUGGCAUCCGAUCUCGCAAACGGUCUAGCGGACGACAUGGAUCUCCAAUCUCUCAUUGAACGCUUCUCUUCCGAAGGCGACCAGGACGUCAACACAUUCGGCGCUCAUGUCCUGAAGCAGAUCCAAGACGAAGCGGAUAGCGAGUGUCCCAUUUGCUCCGAAGAACCAAUGAACGAGCAAGCAGUUACUGGGUGCUGGCACAGCGCGUGCAAAGAAUGCCUUCUAAACUACAUCAACCACCAGCGCGACAAAAACAUCGUCCCUCGCUGUUUCAACUGCCGCGAACCCAUUAAUGCACGCGAUGUCUUCGAAGUCGUACGCCAUGAGCAUUUCGAUGACGACGAGAGCAACCUCCGUAGCGAUUCGCGAGAAUCGAGUCCCCCGGCGGUAUCACAGACUCCACGGGUUUCUCUCCGACGAAUUGGUAUCACGGGAUCAGCAAAAACGCAAGCUCUUCUUACGCAUCUUAAAACGAUUAGAAAAGAAGAUAAGAAAACUAAAUCUGUGGUUUUCUCGCAAUUUACAUCUUUCCUCGACCUCAUCGAACCCGCCCUGCGUCGCGACCACAUCCCAUUCCUCCGCUUCGACGGCACAAUGCCGCAAAAACUUCGCGCGACCGUUCUCACCGAGUUCGCAAAUUCACAUAAACCCUACGUCCUAUUGCUCAGCCUACGGGCCGGAGGCGUCGGGCUGAAUCUCACUUGUGCAAAGCGAGUAUUUAUGAUGGAUCCGUGGUGGAGUUUCGCAGUUGAGGCGCAAGCUAUUGAUCGUGUGCAUCGGAUGGGUCAGGAGAGCGAGGUUAAUAUUGUUAGGUUUGUGGUUGAGGGUAGUAUUGAAGAGAAGAUGUUGAGGAUUCAGGAGAGGAAGAAGUUUAUUGCGAGUUCUCUGGGUAUGAUGAGUGAUGAAGAGAAGAGGGUACAGAGGAUUGAGGAUAUUAAGGAGUUGCUUAGUUAGACAGCAGAGGGCUUGUGUGUCUGUCUGGUUUUGAGGGUUAGGGUGGAUAUGCUGACAUUUUGACAAUUCUCGAAUAUCAACUCAGCUUCGCUUGUUGUAAAACGCUAGUAUAUAUAUCACGGGAUGCUCUCUUUGUGUGGAUAUACAUCAAUUCGCAAUUACAUAAUUAGCAUUGUACAGGCGCAUGGAUUCAUGUUUUCGGCGUUUGCG